UGAUGUGCAAUAAUUUAUCUAACUUUUGUAGGCUAGCUGCUCCUGUCCUGCUCAGAUCAGCAAUCCUACAUCUACAAUAGUUCAGUGACAUUCUGACUCCUUAGUCUCCUUUAACUUUAAGCAACCUUGCUGUGACUCUCAGUCUCAGACUGAUUACUUCAAUUCACUCACUCUCACAGUCACAGAGCCUAAACCAGCAACAAUGAAUUAUCCUGGAGCAUACAGCGGUCAGGCUCCUAAUGCUCCAUAUCAAGCAACUGCGGCCCCACAAUACGGGGCCCCUCCACAGCAGCCAUAUGGAGCCCCUCCGCAGCAGCAGCCAUAUGGGGCCCCUCAGCAGCAGCAGCCAUAUGGGGCCCCUCAGCAGCAGCAGCAGCCAUAUGGAGCACCCCCACAGCAGCCAUAUGGAGGGACUGCACCUCCUCAGCCAUAUGGAGGUGCCCAACAGUUCCACCAGCAGAGCCAUGCGCCGCCACCCAACUAUGCAGCUCAGCCCCAGCAAGCCCCUGGCUACCCGCAACCUCCUGGCGGCGUCAGCCACCCUUUACAUUCAGAGUAUACAAGCAGACUAAACCUGCUGCGCGUCAUGCUGGUCGGUCCACCUGUCUCGGACAAUUUUACGGCCGGUCCCUAA